ACUAAAAAAAACAUUGAAACAUGUCUAUCCAAGUUUGUGCAGCAGCUCAAUCACCAAAUGCCAAGCCUGAAAUUAUUCGGCGGACAGCAAACUUCCCACCAAGCAUUUGGGGUGAUCGGUUUCUCAACUAUGAUUCCCAAGACGUUAUAACAAAUGCCCGGAACCAACAAGAAGUUGACAACCUGAAAGAAGUAGUGAGGAGGGAAGUAUUCACAACUAGUGCAGGUGACUUUUCACAUCAGCUCAAGUUGAUUGAUGCAAUCCAGCGCCUUGGCGUGGCAUACCAUUUUGAAAGUGAAAUUGAAGAUGCAUUGGAGCGUACGCAUGCUACAUUUCGUGACCAUGCCUUUAGUGAUGACGGAGAUCUAUACAACGUUGCUCUUGGUUUCCGGCUACUAAGACAACAUGGAUAUAAGGUUUCAUGUGAUGUGUUCAACAUGUUCAAAGACAAAAAUGGCAGCUUCAAGGAAUGCUUAAUUGCCGAUGUUCCGGGGAUGCUAAGCCUUUAUGAAGCCGGGCAUCUAGGAGUACGGGGAGAAGAAAUACUGGAUGAAGCUCUUGCUUUCACCACCACUCACCUUGACUCUGCUGCAAAAGCUCAUGUAAGCUACGAACAUGCAGAACAAAUCACUCAAGCCUUGGAGAGACCUUUGCAAAAAGAUCUUGAGAGGUUAUGUGCCAGGCGUUACAUGUCAAUCUACCAACAUGAAGCUUCACACAAUGAAGCUUUGUUGAAACUUGCAAAGUUAGAUUUCAAUCUUGUUCAGUGUUUGCACAAAAAGGAGCUCAGUGAGAUUACUAGGUGGUGGAAAGAAGUGGACUUUGAAAAGACGCUGCCUUUUGCAAGAGACAGGAUAGUGGAAAUAUACUUUUGGGUAAUGGCAGUAUAUUUUGAACCUCACUACUCUGCCGCAAGAAAUUUUUUAAACAAACUCCUUGCCCUGGGAACACUGAUGGAUGAUAUAUACGAUGCAUUUGGUACCUUCGACGAACUUGAGAUCUUUACAGAAGCAAUUGGGAGGUGGGAUGUCAAUUGCAUGGAUGAACUACCAGACUAUAUGAAAAUAUUUUAUCAGACACUUAUGAAUCUUUUCAAUGAAAUUGAGGAAGAGAUGGUGAAGAAAGGGAAUUCAUACCGAGUUUACUAUGCAAAAGAAGUUUGGAAAGCUACAGCCCGAGCUUACUUUGAUGAGGCCAGAUGGUUACACGAAGGAUGCAUCCCAAGCAUGGAGGAGUAUAUGCAUGUUGCCACAGCUUCUGUUGGUAACAGCCCACUUUCAACCAUAUCUUUACUUGGCAUGGGAGAUAUUGUAACCAAGGAGGCAUUUGAGUGGUUGCUCAAUAACCCUAAAAUCCUUAGAGCUUCGAAUAUCAUUUUUAGGCUCAUGGAUGACGUUGCUGGGUACAAGUUUGACAAGGAGAGAGGGCAUGUUGCUUCUAGUAUUGAUUGCUACAUGAAGCAACAUGGAGUCUCUGAGCAAGAGACACUUGAUGUUUUCAACAAACAAGUUGUGGAUUUGUGGAAGGAUAUAAACGAGGAGCUCCUUAUAAAGCCAACUGUUGUGCCAAGGCCUGUCCUCAUGCGCAUUCUUAAUUUAACAAGAGUUGUGGAUCUGCUUUAUAAAAGGGGAGAUGGCUUCACACAUGUUGGCAAACUUAUGAAAGAUAUUGUUGCUUCACUUUUUCUAGAUCCUGUUCCACUUUAAGUUGGAUUCCUUGUGAACUUUGUAAUUUCUUACUACCUCAAUAAUCACAUAAAAUGCAAGGAAUUCGUACUUCAAGUGGUUAAAAGUA